AUGGCAGGAUGCACAGAUUUCCACUGAGGAUUCUGAGGGCUCCAAAGCUUUCACAGUCAGUAAGCAGUCAGAUUUUAUCCCCAAGAAUUCAGGCUUCAGCAGUGAUGGCACAGCACAGGCCCAAGACAACUAAAGCUGUUAUAUUUGAUCUAGGUGGAGUUGUGGUACCAUCUCCUUUGGCUGCUUUUCAAGAAUAUGAGAAGAAGUUAGGGCUUCCAAGAGGAAGUAUUUCCCAUACUGUGGUGGACAGUGGAGACAAUGGGGCAUGGAACAGAUUGGAGCGUGGAGAGAUUUCACUUGCAGAGUUUGCUGACAAAUUCAGUGAAGAAGUCUCUACUAAGGCAGGUAAAAGAGCAGACAUGUCUGGUUUGUUGAGAUUUGUUGGAAACAGCCUGAUUACGCCACACCAGUCCAUUAUAGACGCUGUGAAAUGUCUGAGGAUUGAGGGCCUUAAGACUGCGUUACUGACCAACAACUGGAGUUGGGAGGGAGAGGGGCCAAAUCGAGUGAUGGACAGAGACCUGUUUGAUGUGAUUGUGGAGUCAUCCAAGGUUGGGGCACGGAAGCCAGAGAGAAGGAUUUAUGAGAUUUGUUUAGAGCAGUUGGAUGUGAGACCAGAGGAGUCAGUAUUCCUUGAUGAUCUUGGAGUGAAUUUAAAGGCAGCUAAGGAACUGGGCAUCAGAACCAUAAAGGUAACAGAUCCAUACAGAGCUGUCCUUGACCUUGAACAGGAAGUAGGUGGUCUCUGUCUCCGUAGAUUUGUUGAUGAUACGACCACUGUCCCAGAACACUUGAGAAUUCCAAUGGACAAACUGGAGAUGUACUUCAAACAGGAGCUUAGUCUUCACUCUCCAGAACCCCCUGUUAUCCGAUGUUUCCAACAUGGACAGUCUAACCCGACAUACUAUGUUUACUAUGCAGGGAAACAUCUUGUUCUACGAAAAAAACCACCUGGUAAACUCUUGCCCUCUGCCCACGCUGUUGAGCGAGAGUUCAGGGUGAUGAAGGCAGUGGGACAGUUUGGAGUCCCCAUACCUAAGAUGUACGGACUGUGUGAGGAUAGCAGUGUCAUAGGUACUCCAUUUUAUGUGAUGGAGUAUUGCAAAGGUCGAAUAUUCAAAGCCCUUGACUUACCGGGAAUGACCAAUCAGGAGAGACGUGAUAUUUACGUUGCCAUGGCAGACACUCUUUGUAAGAUUCACAGAGUGGAUAUUUCUAAGGCAGGGCUGGAUGAUUAUGGUAAAAAAGGAGGCUAUUUAAGGAGGAACCUUAAUCGGUGGACAAAGCAGUAUGAGGCCAGUAAGACAGAGGAAAUUGAAGCUAUGAACAAGCUUAUAGACUGGCUGUCUCAACACCUGCCAGAAAAGGAAGCUGUUACCAUUGCUCAUGGCGACUUCAGACUGGAUAAUUUAAUGUUCCACCCAACAAAACCAGAAGUGAUUGGUGUCCUAGACUGGGAGCUCUCCACAAUAGGAGAUCCAAUUACAGACCUGUCAACGUGCCUCCUCAACUUCUACAUGCCGGCCGAUUUCCCCAUGAUCAAAUCUUUAAAAGAAACAGAUGUUAGAUCACUAGGGAUACCCACUGUUGAGGAGUUCAUUGACAUUUACUGUCAGAGAAUGGGGAUUCCUUCCAUUCCAAACUGGGAUUUUUAUGUGGCUUUCGGACUUUUCAGGUUCGCAGCAAUCUUACAGGGUGUCUACAAACGAGCUAUAUCAGGACAAGGUAGUGCACCUAAUUCUGUGUUUGUUGGAGAAUUUGCUAAGCUGAUAGCAGAGGUAGGGUGGAAGAUUGCCUCCAGCAGUAACCUUCAACCUACAGUUACCCCAGCCGGCGGGGGCAUUCAGACAGAAAAUAUGUCAGGAAAGAGGAACUACAGCACAGACACCCCAGGGACAGUCAAUCAAAUGGCAGUAUCCCCAGAAGGAUUGUCCCCUAGGGCCAAGGACCUUUAUGACCGGGUCAAGGAAUUUAUAGAGAAGGAAGUCAAACCAGUAGAGAAAGAGAUUAUGGAAUUUUAUAAACCUGAGCAAAACCAUUGGAAAGUUUGUCCAGUGGUCCCAAGGCUGAAGGAAAAAGCUAAAGCUGCAGGAUUAUGGAACUUGUAUCUCCCGAGGGAAUCAGACCCAGGGAUGAAGUACGGGGCGGGUCUCUCAAAUCUGGAGUAUGCAUUCAUGUGUGAGGAGAUGGGAAAAUGUCCCUUAUCAUCAGAGGUGUUUAACUGCCAGGCCCCUGAUACAGGAAACAUGGAGGUCUUGGUAAGGUAUGGGACAGAGGAACAGAAACGACAGUGGUUAUUGCCCCUGCUCAAUGGAGAAAUCAAGUCCUGCUUUGGCAUGACAGAACCUCAGGUAGCUUCUUCAGAUGCCACAAAUAUUGAAUCCUCCAUCACCAGAGAGGGGGAUCAUUAUGUCAUUAAUGGGCACAAAUGGUGGACUUCAGGUGCUUUACACCCAGACUGCAAAGUCUGUAUAUUUAUGGGGAAAACAGACAAGUCUGCUGCCAUACACAGACAACAGAGUAUGAUCCUUGUCCCAAUGGAUGCCCCCGGGGUGAAAGUUGUCAGACCCCUCACAGUGUUUGGCUAUUUAGACUAUCCAGCUGGGCAUGCAGAGGUGAUAUUUGAAAAUGUCAAAGUUCCUUUAGGCAACAUGUUACUUGGUGAGGGGCGUGGUUUUGAGAUUGCUCAAGGUCGCUUGGGUCCCGGCAGGAUUCACCACUGUAUGAGACUUAUUGGCAAUGCUGAGAGAGCCCUAGAACUCAUGCUGGACAGAACUCAGAAUAGAGUUGCUUUUGGAAAGCCUCUGGCAGCACAAGGAACCAUACAGCAAGAUGUGGCCAAGUCUAGGAUAGAGAUUGAACAGACCCGUCUGUUGGUGCUCAAGGCAGCCCAUAUGAUGGAUAACUAUGGCAACAAGGUGGCAGCUCCAGAAAUAGCCAUGAUUAAGGUGGCUGCUCCCAACAUGGCUCUCAAUGUAAUUGAUCGUGCCAUACAGGUCUACGGUGGUGCUGGCGUAUCAUCUGAUUUCUGUUUGGCUAGACUGUACACAAGUGCUCGUGUGUUACGCUUGGCUGAUGGACCAGAUGAAGUUCAUUUGCGGCAGGUUGCCAAGUUUGAGUACAGAAAGGCCAAAUUAUAAAUACCACUUCAAUUGACUAUUCAGUAUGUCUGUGAUGAUUUUUUUAAAACUGUGAUUUCAUUGAAUCAAUGUUACACACUGUAUUAUAGUGUGAACUCCCACAAUAAUCAUGUCCUAUAAUGAAAUUAUGAUGUUACAUGUAUAUGCCUAUUGUUAUAUUAUUUUUAUACAGAAUAAAACAAAUUACAUCAUA